AUGGUUGACGCACCUAACGCAAGUGCUGCGGCUGGGCAACGUGCUGCCCUGACCAUACAGACGCCCAUCAUCGAGCCGUUCGAUCGCCAUCGAACAAAAUGGACGCGAUGGGUUGAGCGUCUGGAAACCGCGUUCACACUGUUUUUGGUCCCGGAGGACAGAAAAUUACUAAUGCUACUGCAUUACAUCGGUAGUGAGAACUACGAUAUUGUGGCGGAUAAGUUGGCCCCAGUGAAACCGCAUGCCAAAACUUACGCCGAAAUCGUUAAAUUGCUGCAAGAGCAUUUCACCCCGAAACCUUUAGAAAUAUUAGAAAAUUUCCGUUUCAAGUGCUGCAAGCAGGGUGAGGAGUCAAUAGAUGACUACCUGCUAUUGCUAAAGAAGUUAGCAAUCACGUGUAAUUUCGGGGACUAUCUGAAUACGGCUCUACGAAACCAAUUUGUCUUUGGCCUGAAAAAUCGUGGAAUCCAAGCUAGACUGCUUGAAGUGCGCGACCUUACAUUAGAUAAGGCGCAUGACCUCGCUGUGGCAAUGGAAAUGUCAGCGCGAGGGGGUGACGAAAUUCAGGGCCAAGAAAAGAAUGAUAUUUGGUUGCUACGCCAGGCCAAUAAAAGUACAAAAGGCCGAAAACCAAUGCAUGCUGAUCGACUGGAUAAAGGGGGCACCAAUACAAGCACAACUGCGUGUUACCGAUGCGGUAACACACAACACUUGGCGAACAAGUGUGCGCACGUCAACACAAUUUGCCAUGCAUGCAAAAAGACGGGACACAUAAGUAAGGUAUGCUUGAAGAAGCAAGCUGCGCCCGUUGCAAAAAAAUACAAUGCCGUCCACAGUGUGGAGGAUAAAAAAGACCUUGACGAAAUAUGCGGUCUGUACAACACAGAGAGCCGAAUAGGGAAAUUCUGGGCUGACAUCUCUGUGAAUGGUAAAUGCAUCAAAUUUGAAGUGGAUACCGGUGCCCCGGUUGCAAUAAUAAGUCUGGAGGACUUUAAAAAGACAUUGCCGUCUUUAAAAUUAACUGCUGCAGAUUUGACGCUGAUAAGUUACAGCGGAGACCCGGUCAAACUGCAAG